UCGGUUUUUCUUUCGGUCGUCGACAUGAAGCGGAGGUAGAUUGAUUGAACGCGCGAGAAAGAUGCGAAGCACCAAGAAUUUGGAGAAGAAUUGCUCUAUGACGUAGCGAUUAUCGCAUAAGCAACCUCUACCGCUGUCGCACGUGUAACGUCAAGCAAGGAAGAUGCAUGCCAUGGCCGCUCACAAGACCGGCUGGACCAGGACUUUGGUGGCCUCAUUGACAAUUAGAGCUUUGCCGGCAUACAACGUUUUCUAUUUGUGAACCCCAGACCAAUCCAGACAAUGGUCACAUGGAGGGAACAAAUCGGAAUGUUCGAGUUCGUCCAAUCGGGACCAAAUAAAGAUUGUUUGGGGGGUGGCUUAAGCGUCCGAUCCGCUUUCAAACAGCAACAACAUCCAUUCUCAUUUAUGCACCUGCCCCCCACUGACAGGCCGCCACCAUGUCCGACCACUCAUACGGCCGUAACCGCGACUCAAUGGCCGACAUUGAACUUAGCCUGAACAACGCCUUCGCCGAACACCCGAAAGCCACCAUUUCGGAAGAUGGUACCCCCAGCAUCCCGGCAGACGCGCUGGCCGACGUCUUUCGCUCGCUCGCCGCCACGUUCGGGGGAGUCGAGCUGAUGUCCGAAGAUGAGAUGCAGAUGCUGCAGGCGCUGGUGGUCGCGAACCCGGGGAUCGAGGUCACGCCCCAGCUCACGCUUGGCUUCAUUGCGGCGAAGACAAAACACUCGACGCCCCCACAUACCCCCGACGCGCUCGACAACGACGAAGAAAUGCAGGUGGAAGACGAGCUCCGGGGGCGCGGCGAGGGACGAGAUUACGACGCGCGCUCGCGCUCGUCGAGUAGAGACUCUGUCGGCACGCACCGGAACCACAGCCGGCCCCCCUCGCGCGGCGGCCCACAAACCCCGGUGUCCGCCGCUUCUCCCUUCGACACCUCGCGGCGGCAGCGCUCAACCCCACUCGGUGGCACCGCACCCUCGAGCUGGGCUUCUCAGAAGCGUCCGCCCCAUCACCGGCGGAAGAGUGAUGCAGGAAGCAGAAGCGACUCGGAGUCUUCCGCCGGUCCCAGUGCCUAUGGCAACCGACCUGGGGGUAGAAGCCGAGCGCCCUCAAAUCCCACGUCGCCCUCGAUGGACUCGUCCUUUUCCAUCGGCUCGCCUCCCAUGGGUGCCCGUUCUCGGCCCCCCUCGCGCGGGGGCAAUCACCGGUUUGACGAUGCGGAUGAGUACGACUUCACUCUCCGCCAGGGCCUCAACUCGCUCCCCAUGCCCCAUGCCAAUGACGAUGGCUCGGACAGCGAUGACGAACAUGCAGGGGAUAUGGUCAUUCCGCGAUCGACGACCUCGAGCAACGUCAGCUUGAUGCCGGAUGAGCAAAUGGAGGCUUUGCAGCGCGCCAACGCGGACCUCAUGCGCAAGCUUGCGGAAACGGAACGGCUGAUGCAGCGAAAGCUGGCAGAACACGAAGCUGAAUUUGAAGAUCUGCAGUUCACGCUCGAGGAAACACGCAACGAGCUGAGUGCAGCCAAGCGGGAGGAGAAGGAGCUCCGAGGAAAGGAGCGAUCCACCGCAGCGCAGAUAGCUGCCUUGGAAGCCGACGUGGUGAAAGUCUCGAAACAGCUGGAAACAUCCAAAGCAACCUACAAUAACCUGCACCGUCAGUAUGCUGACCAACUGGCGUCCACCCAAAAGUACCGCGAGGAUCUGCGUGAGCGAGAUGACGUCGCUCGGACUUUACGUGAACAGGCUGCGCUAUCAAACAUCGAGAUCCAGCGGUACAUCAAAGAGGCUGAAGCUUACGAGGACCGAAUCGCGCAUCUGGAGCAGGAGCUGGUUGUCGCGAACCAGGCUCACGUACAGCUAGAUGAACAGAAGCAGGAGAACAUGCUGCUGAAGGAGACGAUCGAUCGGAUGCGGUACGACUUGGACGAGAUGCGCAGCAACAGCGCGAUCCUCGGAGGAACGCCGAGCGGCCAGAGCAGCGCACCCAGCAGUAUUAGCAAGAGCCUCGGCGCCGAGUUGUUGGGCAAGAUGAAAGGCUGGGGCGGGAUGGACGGCGAGAGUGAGAACGAAGACGAUGAAGACGAUGAUUCGUCUACCCCGAAGGAGGAUGAAGACACUGAGGGCGAGGACGUGAUUCAGACGAUCAUUACGCGGAAGAAACGAAAGGUCACCAGCCGGGCGAACAAGAUCGAGACGCGGACGUUUGAAGAAGUGAAAGACUAUUCGGAUACGGGAACUCAAUAUGAACCAGAACUCUUCUUCGUGUCUGGAGGCUCACAGACUGAGAAAGUCUUGACUGCGUCCACGAUCAUCCAAACCGAACCGACCAUGGAACAGCCGCCUGCACCGCCCGCUGAUACUGCGGAGAUGGAAAUCCAGACGGAGCCCGAGGAAGUCAAGGCUGCACCUGUCAUACCCGGGCCAAGCUCUGUACCGAUCGACGCGCCUCCUGCCUAUGUCGCAAAAAUCUGAAUUGGCAUAUCUGUUAUGGUCAGCGCUGAUAGGAAAGGUUGAAUCAGUCGUCAUCAGACGGUGAUCAGACGUUGAUCAGGGAAUGGUCAGCAACGCAUCAGGCCCUGGUUUCAGCGGUGAAGACAAAAGGAGAAUAGGCUUUCUUCCUUGCUCCAUCUUCACUUUUUUACAUUCACGUUUGGCACUGCAUUUGAAUAGGGUAUCGCUUCACUUUCACUUGGAUAUUCAAUUAAUUUAAUUAAUUAAUGUCACACUGUUAUUCAGCCUUAAUGAUAAUAAUUUCACUCGAUUUACUUCACAGUGGGAAUCGAACGCGAGAACAUGAUCUACUAGACCACUACAGACCACUACACUAUGUAGGCGCGUGUUGCACUGUGUGCUCCAGUGCUAAGUGUCGUCGGAGACUUAACACAGCCACUUGCAUCAUGAUGACGCAAACCAGAACGACCCUUCCACUCGCAGCUCGCAGCGUACCAGCAUCUUUCUACACAGGACUGUGAAGUUCAACAUAUCUCUCGACAUCUUCCCAACAAUAUUGCCAUUGGAACUUUGCGGUCUGCGCAUCGCAACAAGCCAAGACCAUAUCCUCUGAGGUCCACCUUCGACGCUCAGCUGCAAGGACUCGGAUACAUUGGCAAGCGUCGCCAUCAACGCAAACGAGCGGGCCGCCGGAUGCAUGUACAAUGGAGAAGAGAGAGAAGGCGACGUACCAUGAACUCCAUAACAUUGAUCCUGAAGUGUUCAUCCAGCACGACCCAGCCAAGCGAGCACCUGCGAGUACGCGUGAGCGCGUAAAGCAGCAUGAACGCGUGAUAGUACGCGCGCUUUGAAGAAUCCGAGUGAACGUGUAUUGAACACGAACAACGACCUCGUCGCCCUCUGAAGCGUCGACUUCCUGUUGAAGAUCGCUCCAACCAAUCUUGAUUCUCACUGGGUUUUCGAGAAUGACGAGCUUUUCCGUAACUUCGAUGUCCAACUCCGCUAAUUCCUCGCCAACAAGUUUCCUGAGAUGUACAUGAGUGCGGAACUGUCUUUCAAGGUCGAGAAAUCCAUUAUCUGGUCGACACAGUUGAUGCGGACAUAUUUUACGCUCUCUGAAUGCGGUACAACAUAUAUGUCAUUGAUCCGUAGCAUUUCCCAAAGACAUAGCCUUAUUACAACUUAUAAUACCUGAUCCCAAACUGACCAGAGGCUGACUCCCGUCUGAGCAUACCUGACAAGAUCUUACCGGCCUGACCACCGCCUGAGGAUAUGUGGUCAGGGUCUGACAACAAGCCGUCAGUUCAAAUCAGCCGCAUAUCGGUCCGUCAGGACUGAUCAUAAA